AUGUUUUCUUUUCAAGAGAAGGAGACCCCUCCGACGGUGAAGAUCAAAGACCGCAUCCCCAUGGCUGAGACCAAGCCGGUAUAUCUGGACGAAGACCCGAUCAAGGUCCCAGGCUGCAAGUAUGUCCUCCUCUCCUUCGUCUCCCCCGUAAGCAACGUGAAGAGCGACAAGAUCGGACUCAAGGUGCGGGGCGUCUUCGACGACAUGGACACGGCGCGCGCCCACCUACGCCGCCUAAUGGAAUUGGACCCAGCCUUUGAUAUCUUCGUGGCCGACUGCCACCGUUGGCUGCUGAUCCCACCUAAGCCCUCGGAUCUAGACAACGUGGAGUACAGCGACCAGAUGUUGCAGCAGCUAGUACAGACACACAAGGAAGAGCAGCUGAGAGCUAAGGCGGCUUUCGAGACUUACAAAGAUGAGAUGAUGAAGAAAGGCACCAGCAGUCUACAGGAGGACCUAGAAAAAGACGUUUCUCGGGAUUGUACCAUAGACGAAAAUCUGGAAGAGUAG